AUGAAGAGGACAGAUGACAAAGUUGUUUUUUUGUGGUGCGGUGAAAUCAUAAAAAAUAUUAAGAAGAAAAUAACAAAAAAUUCUUUUAAAAAUAUAAAAAAUGAAGAUAUUUUAUCAAAAGAAGAAGAUCAUAAAGAGAUAUCAUGCAUAGUAACAUCCUCUUGUGUAGAUAAAAAAAAAAAAAAUUACUAUCCAAAUAAUAUGUGCCUUAUAAAUUAUGUCUAUAAGAAAUGCCGAUUGUUACAAAAAUAUUUAUAUUACAAAAUAUUUAUUUCUCAAAUAAAAAAUAAAAAAGUGAAACAAUUAAAAGCAUAUAUUAUGUACCUUGUGAAGGACACAAAUGAAACCCCCCCCAAAAAAAAAGAACAAAAUAAAUAUAAUGAAGAAAAAGAAGAAAAAAAAAAUAUAAGUACUCAUAUCAAAACUAAUAUUUAUAAAAAGGCACACAAUAUAGAUAAGAUGUUUACAAAAUUAUUAAUAUUAACCUUAUUCGAUACACAAUUAUUAAAGAUAUCUUUGAAAUUUUUUAACCAUAUAAUAGUAUCCAUUAUGAACGAAUUAUUAGAUGAAGGUUUUUUAUUAUCAGAAUAUGAUUAUAGUUUUAUAAAUAAGAGAAAUGAUAAGAUUUUAAAAUUAAAUAAAACAAAUAGAGUUAAUUAUAAUAAGAAUAUUAUAUCUUAUAAGAAAAAAAAGUUAAUAUCUUGUCUUCAUAUUUAUAAUAUAAUUAGAAAAUGUAAUAUUAAUAUAGAAAUAUAUUUUUGUAUGAUAUGUUGGAAUAAUAUAUUAUUUUGUAAAGAAUUUCUUUUUAAAGAUACCAUAAAUUAUUUCUUUAAAGAAAUUUUAAAUAAAUCAUAUGUGGCUUUAAAAUAUUUUAAAAUGGUUGUAAUGAAGUAUCAAGAAUAUAAUAAAGAAAAAAAAACUAAAUAUAUUUUUAGAGAUGACAAGAAUAUGUAUUAUAAUUAUUGCAUAAGAAUAUUAUUAAUUUAUUAUUAUUUAAGUAUAAAUAAUAUUAUUCAUAAUAAGUAUAUGGAUUUGUUAAGGGAAAUGUUACAAUUUCAAGACCCAUUAUUUGAAUCCUUGAUAUAUAAGAUAUAUAUGAAUUAUUAUAAAAUAGGAGAUAAACAAAAAUAUAACAACAACAAUAAUAAUAAUAUUAAUAUUAUUAAUAUUAAUAAUAAUAAUAAUAUUAUUAAUAAUAAUACAUUUUUUUUUUAUUUUAUUAAUAAAACAAAUGAAAAUGUAAACAACGGUGCAUUUAUUAAUUAUCAAGAUUUAAAUAACUGCAUGGAUUAUUAUGACAAUAUAUUGGACAUUUAUUUAAAAGAGAAUAUAAAAGAUUUGGAAUAUAUAUAUAUAGACAAAUUUCCACAUAUGAUGAAUAUAUUAAAAAAUAAUAAAGUUGUAAGUUUUUAUAAACAUGUUGAAAAUAAUAUAUUAUAUCCAACCUUUAAUGUGAAAAGGAAAAAUAUUAUUGUAGAUAAUUUGUCAAAAGGUAGAUCAGAUUUUAUUAUAACAGAAAGAUUAAAAUGUAUAUGUGAAUUAUUAAUUUUAAAUAUAUAUAACAAGAACUCUAUUCUGUUGAUAGGAAAUUAUGGAUGUGGGAAAACAGGUCUUAUAAAUUAUAUAUAUGAAAAAAUAUAUGGAAAGAGAAAAGAAAAAGAGAAGAAUAUUAUAAGUGUUUAUUUAGAUGAUGUAUCAGAUUCUAAAUCUAUUUUAGGUGUAUGGGAAUGUAAUGAAAAAUGUUUUGAAUAUAAAUAUGGAAUAUUAUCUAAAGCAAUGAUUCAAGGAAAAUGGAUAGUAUUUGAAAAUAUUAAUAAUAUAUCAAAUAGUAUAAUAGAAAAAUUGGAAGAAAUUAAUAGUAAAGGAUAUAUAUAUAUAUCAGAAAAGGGUGAGUAUAUAUAUCCACAUAAAGAUUUUCGUCUCUUUGCUACUAUAACGGUAGGUAAUACAUAUCAAAACAGCAGCAACAACAACAAUAAUAAUAAUAAUAAUGAAAAUAUUAAUGAUAAUGAUAAAUUCAACCAUUUGGAAUAUAAUUCUUUACAUAAUAUAAAUAUGUAUGAUUAUCUUACCAAUCAGACACAAUGUAAUCAAACUUAUAAUGUCCAUACGUUCCAUCAGAACCUUUUUGAUAUUAAUCAAGGUGUUAGAAAAAAAGAAGAUAUUCAAAAUAUUAUUCAUAUGAAUUAUAGACCAAAAUAUUUAGGAGAAUUAUUCAAUAAAUGGCAUUCUAUAUAUAUAGGAAAUUAUAAUAACAUAGAAAUAAAAGAAAUAUUAUUUAAAAAAUUAUAUAAUGUUAAUGAUAAUUAUAAAAAAAUAAUUUUUAAUUGUUUUAAUAUCAUAAAAAUAAUAUUAGAUAAAUAUCAUAUAUUAAGAAAUAUGAAUCUUCAUGAUUUAAUAAAAAUAAUUAAAAGAAUAAAUAAAAAAAAAAUAUUUAUAUAUGAAAAUGAAAAAACAAAAUUAAUAUUAUUUCAAACAAUUAAAUCAAUAUUAAUAUGUCAUAUACCUAUUCAAUCUUUAAGAAAUGAUUUCAUAUCCAUUCUAAGUAACAUAUUUCAAUUGAAUAAUAAUAUUAUUAUAAAAUAUUUAAAAUCAUAUUCUGUUGAUAUAUUUAUAAAACACUUUAAUGAAACAUUAAAAAAUAAAUAUCAAAAAAUAUCUCUAAAUAUUGAAAAAAUAUAUAAUUAUUCGUUCUUAUUAACAUCUGUUCAUAAAUCCAUUCUAUAUGAUAUAAUUGAAGCAGUUUAUAAUAAAGAACCUAUAUUGUUAAUAGGAGAUACAGGUGUAGGAAAAACAGCUUUAAUAGAUUAUGUUGCUAAAAUAUUUGAAAAAAAAUUAUAUGUUUUUGUAUUUAGUGAAAUGUCAGAGGCAUCUGAUUUAAUAGGAAAUUAUUAUCCAUUUAAUAUUAGUGUAAAAACGAAUGAACUUUUUGAGAAUAUGAAACGUUUAAAUAAACAAAUUAUUGAUAUAUUGUCUAUAAAAGAAAUUGAAGUAUUCUAUAUUAAAUUAAGAAUAUUAUUGAGUGAAAAAAAAUAUAUUACUUUCUUAAAUACAUGUUAUAAUUUUUCUAAUGCAUUAAUACAAAAUGUUAAACAAAAUGUUCAUUCUUUUGAUAUGAAAAUUAUUAGGAGGUAUAAGAAAUUUAUGAAUACAUGUAAGAGAAUUCGCGAUUUUUGGUGUGAUAAUAAUAUAUCAGUUAAAGGCAAAAAUUUUACAUUACCCUAUGAUUAUAAAAGGUUAAUGUGUGUUGAUAAAAAUAUAAAUGAGGAAAAUCAUUUGGAUGUUUUACAAGAUGAAGAAGAAAGUAACACAGAGAUGAAGAACGAAUUAAUUUUUAAAUUCCAUGAUGGUAUAUUAAUUGAUUGUAUAAAAAAUGGACAUUGGAUAUUAUUAGAUGAAAUAAAUUUAGCUCAGACUGAAAUAUUACAAAGAUUACAAGGUCUUUUAGAUAGUUCUAAUAAAUAUUUUGAUGUUGUUGAAAAAGGAAAUGAACAAAUAAAAGUACAUAAAAAUUUUCGACUGUUUGCAUGUAUGAAUCCACCCAUUAUACCUAAUAUAAAAAUGAAGAAGGAUAUAAAUAUUGUAAAAGAAGAUUUAAAUUAUAACAAAGAUAUUAUAAAUAAUAAUAAUAAUAAUAAGAAGAAGAAGAAGGAGAUGUCUUUAUGUGAUCAUAAUUGUAAUUAUAAAAUGCUUAAAAAAUUUGAUUUUCAAAAUGAUAUUGAUUUAUAUAAUAGUACAAUUUCUUCUGGAAAAAAAGAAUUAGCACCUAUCAUUAGAAAUAAAUUUACAGAAAUAUUUGUUGAUGAAAUUUUAGAAUAUAAUGAUAUUCAUAUGAUAGUUAAAGAUCUUUUAAAAAAUACUACAAGUGAUAAUAUAUUAAUAGGAAAUAUAACAAAUUGUUAUUUAGAAAUCAAAAAAAAAAGUUUAAACAAUGUCUUCAACACCGAAAAUAAACCUAUAUCAUUUUCUACAAGAAAUUUAGUAAGGGCAAUUAAAUAUGCGAUAUAUGUUAAUAAAAGAAAAUUUAAACCACUACAAUUACAAAAUGCUGUUAGGAAUGGAUUUAUCUGUAAUUUUAUGAGUUCUCUAAAUUAUGAUAAUCAAAAAUUAGUAGAAAAUAUAUUUAAAAAAUAUUUCAAACAUUCUUAUGAAAAGGAUAAUAUUGGUCUUCUAAAUAAUAACAAAAAUUAUUUAUAUAACGAACAUAAUAAUAUUAAUCAUAACAAUUUAAAUUCUAUGUGUAUUCAAAAAGAUGGUAUAAUAAAUUAUGAUAUUCUUGAUUAUUACUAUGAAUAUAAAUAUUACAAUAAAAAGAAAGAAGUCGAAGUAAAAGAAGUAGAAGUAAAAGAAGAAGAAGUAAAUAUACAAGCUUUCUCAAAUAAUAAAAUUAAUCAUGAUCCAAAUAUAAAUAAUAAGACAAAUGGAUAUGUUUCUAAUAAGGAUAAUAUGAAGUUACCAUUUAUAAAUAUAAAUAAUAAAGACAUAGAAAAAUAUGCUUGCAUAGAAAAUAGCUGGAUAUUAUGUGGUAAUGAAGAAAUAAAUUUAAAAAAGAUUCUAUCCAAUUUUAUUAUAACAAAAAAUGUAAAGGAAAAUAUAAAAAAAUUAGCUUUAUGCUUAAGUAGUAUAAGAACACCUAUAUUGUUAGAAGGAAAUACAUCAGUAGGCAAAACGUCACUUGUGAAAUUUUUUGCGGACAUAACAGGUCAUAAAUUUAUAAGAAUUAAUAAUCAUAUGAAUACAGAUAUUAGUGAAUAUUUUGGUCAAUUUAUUAAUGAUAAAAAAAGUGGUAAUUUAAUAUUUGAAGAAGGUGUAUUUGUCAAAGCAGUUCGAUAUGGUCAUUGGGUUGUAUUAGAUGAAUUAAAUUUAGCACCUUCUGAAGUUUUAGAAUCUUUAAACAGAAUAUUAGAUGAUAAUAAAGAAUUAUAUAUACCAGAAUUAAAAUGUUAUGUGAAAGCACAUAAAGAUUUUAUGUUAUUUGCGACACAAAAUCCUCCUAAUAAUAAUAGUUAUUUAGGAAGAAAAGAAUUAUCCAAGGCGUUUCGAAGUCGUUUUAUUGAAUUUCAGAUUAAUGAUUUUGAUAUUGAAGAAUUAGAAAUUAUAUUACAUAGAAGAUGUGCUAUAUCUCCUAAUAUAUCGAAAAAAAUGAUUCAUGUUUAUAGAGAUUUAAAAAAUAUAAAAUCGAAUUAUAAUUAUUUUAAUGAUAAUAUAAUGACAUUGAGAGAUCUAAUUAAGUGGGGGAAUAGGUAUCCAAAUAAUAAUAUGGAAGCUUGUUUAAAUGGUUAUUUUAUAAUUGCUGAAAAAUUGAGGAAUAAUAAAGACAAAGAAUCUGUCAACAAAAUAUUGGCUAAAUAUUUCUUACCAAAAGGAGAAGAAUUAAAAAUUGAUUAUGAAAAUGAUUCUGACGUAAGAUUAUUAAAGGAUGCAUUUUUUAAAAAGAUACAACAAAUGGCAAAUAAUAAUAAAAAAAAAAACAAAAAUAAAGGGAACCCCCCAAAUGAUCAUUUUAAUACAAUUGACAUUAACAUAAUAAGUAGUAGUAAUAAAAAUAAAAAUAAAAAUAAAAAUAAUAGUAAUAAUAAUAAUAAUAAUAAUAAUAAUAAGUCUUUGGUGAAUUAUAAAAAUAAGAAUAUUUUUAAAAAGAAAAAAAAAAAAGAUUUGGAUGAUAUACAAAGAUAUGAAUAUUUAAAAUAUAUGCACUUUGGAAAAACUACUAGUAGACUUAUUUGUUUAUUAUUAAAAUGUUUUAAAUAUAAAGAAUCAGCUUUACUAAUUGGAGAAACAGGAUGUGGAAAAACUACAUGUUGUGAAUUAAUAAGUUUUAUUAAAAACAUAAAAUUAAAUAUUUUAAAUUGUAAUGAAAGUACUGAUAUAUAUGAUAUGAUAGGUAGUUUAAAAUUUGUAAAAAAUAACAAAGAAAAUGUAGAAAAAUUAAAAAAAAAUUGUAUUGAAUUAUAUAAUAUGAUAAAUGAAAAUUAUGAAAUUGAUAAUUAUGCAUCAACUUAUUUAAGUGCUAUUAUAUAUGAUCAAAUUUCAGAUAUAAAAAAAGAAGACUUUUUAGUAUUCACAUUAUAUAUACAAAAAAAAUAUAAUAUUAAUAAUAAUAUACAAUCUAAAUUAUAUAAAAUAGAAAAAUGUAUAAAUAAUUUAAAAUCAUUAUUUACAUGGUAUGAUGGUGUAUUAGUUUCAUCAUUAAAAAAAGGUCAUAUCUUCUUAAUGGAUGAAAUAUCAUUAGUAGAAUCUUCAGUUAUAGAAAGAUUAAAUUCUGUACUUGAAUAUGAAAGGACUCUAUUAUUAACAGAAAAAGGAGGUAAACAUGUAAAUUAUAUAAAAGCUCAUGAUAAUUUUUAUUUUAUUGGUACUAUGAACCCAUCAGGAGAUUUUGGAAAAAAAGAAAUCUCACAUACUUUAAAAAGUAGAUUCACAGAAAUUUAUGUAGAUUCAUUUGAACCGCACACGGAAGAUUAUUAUUUUUUAAUAAAAAAUCAAAUAAAGUUUAUAAAAAAUGAAAAUAUUAAAUGUGUGAUAGCAAAACAGUUGUGUAAAUUAUUUGACCAAGUGUGUAAAAAGGCCAAUCCAGAUACAAAUAAAGAAAAUAACAACCACAAUAAUGAUGGUGAUAGUAAUAAUAAUUGGGGUGAAUAUAAAUCUGUCAGAACCCAUCUGGUCCUAUCUAUUAGAGAUGCUAUCAAAUGGAUAAACUUUAUGAAUACUUAUAUUAAUAAUAAAAAAAUUAUAUACAAAAGCAAAACAAAGGUGAAUAUAAAAAGAAAUAUGAAACAUGAUAGUAAUAAUAUAAAAGAAACAUGUUCCAUUCCAAUGAAGAGACUUAAAUUUUAUUGUUUACGUAGUUUUUAUCAUAGCGGAUGUCUCAUAUUAAUUGAUAGUAAUGAAAAUGUUAUGCAAAAUAAUGAUUUAUUAAAAAAUAUCUUACUAGAACAUUUAGAAGAAUUGAGAAUAUCGAUUAAAUAUAAUGUGUCAAGAUUAGAUGAAGAAAAAAAGAAUAAUAAAAAUAUGUUAAGAAAAAUGAAAUAUUUCGAUGAAACACUUUAUUUCAAGUUUAAAAAAAAAUAUUUAAGAAUUAAUGAUUUUUAUAUAACCUUUAUGAAAAAAUUGAAAUGUGAUAUAAAUACAUUUUCUAAAAAUUCAAAUUUUGUAUUUGACACACCUAAUAUUAAACAGAAUCUUUAUAAAAUUGUUAGGGCCAUGCAAUUACCUAAUGCUAUUUUAUUAGAAGGUUCCCCAGGUGUUGGCAAAACAUGCAUAAUUGAUAUACUAGCCAAAAUUACAAAUAAUAAAUUAAUACGUAUAAAUUUAUCUGAGUGUACAGAUAUUUAUGAUUUCAUUGGAUCUUAUUUUCCAAUAAAAGACAAAAAAAAAAAAGAAGACACAUCAUAUGAAGAUGAAAAAAAUGAUACUUGUGGUGAUAAUUUAUAUGAUUUAAAUUUACACGAUAAUGCUGAUAACAUGUUUGAUAAGAAAAAUAAAAGUUUUCAAUAUGCUUGGGAAGAUGGAAAAUUAAUUGAUUGUAUGAAGAAAGGAUAUUGGAUUCUUAUUGAUGAAAUAAAUUUAGCUAAUCAACAAACAUUGGAAGGAUUGAAUUCAAUUUUAGAUCACAGAAAAGAAAUUUAUAUACCUGAAAAAAAUGAAGUUGUAAAAUGUCAUAAAAAUUUUAGAAUAUUUUGUUGUCAAAAUCCAUAUAAAGAAGGAGGAGGAAGAAAAGGGUUACCUAAAUCAUUUUUAAAUAGAUUUUCAAAAAUAUAUUUUGAAGAUUUAGAUGAUUAUGAUUAUUUUUGCAUAGUAGAAAAAUUAUAUGGUGAUAUAAUAUCAGUUGACUUAAUUAAGAAAAUUAUAAAAAUUAUAUUUACUAUAAAAAAAAUAAACUUUUUAUUAAAUCACAGUGAAGGAUGGGUAUGGAAUUUAAGAGAUAUAUUAAGAAUUUGUAAAUUUCUUAAAUAUAUAAAAACAAAGAAAAAUUUCGUGAUCAUUUGUGAUAUGAUAAUUUGUAAUAGAUUAGUAUGUAAAGAAGAUAAAUAUAUAAUUAGAAGUAUAAUAGUAAAUAUAUAUAAAGAUAAUCAAUAUUUUAUAGAAAAUAUUAUAUCUAUUUUAUUAAAUAAUAUAUCAUAUAAAACUGAUACUAAAAUGAGUUUAAAAGAAAAAAUAAUUCAUUUUAUUAAAUCGAAUGAUCAAACUAAUAUGUGGAAAAAUUACAUAUCUAUGGAUCUACAAAUUGAAAAAAAUGAAGAAAUUGUUGACAUAAAAAUAGAUAGAAACAAAAAUGAAAGUGUAAAAAAAAAAUAUACAUAUGAUAAUUAUUUUUCUUCUUAUUAUAAUAAUUUAUGUUCAUAUAACAAUUUUCAUAAUUCCAAGUCUUCAUUUAUUUUGUGUAAAGAUGAAAAGAUUUAUUUCUCCUUCCUAUCAGCAAUACGUUUAAAUAUGCCUAUAUUAUUAAAUGGCAAAAAUAAUUCUGGUAAAUCAUCCUUUAUACAUAAUAUAUCUCAUCGAUUUAACAAAAAAUUAUUUGAAUUUUCUUUAACUGAUGAUAUAGACACAUUUGAUUUGUUUGGAUCUUAUGAACAUAACAGUAAGGAAAAUUUUAUUAAUAAAUUUAUAAAUAAAAUAAAAAUAUUAAAUAAAAUUAUCAUAAAAAGAUUAAUAAAAAGGAAAAAUAUCCAAAAAAAGCUAUACAAUUUAAUAAAACAUUUUUCUUUUGAAAAUGAAAAUACUCAAAAUAUUGAUAAGAAUAAAUUAUAUAUAUUUUUAAAAGAAUAUAAUAAAGAACCUUUUAAAAAUAAAUACCAUAAGCUUUUUAUUUUACACAUAAUCAACAAAUUAGAUGUCUUAUCUAUACAAUAUAUAGAUUGUUUAAAGAAUGAAGAAAUGAAAAAUAAUUUGGAAGAAAUAGAAAAGAAUUAUUUAGAAUCUAUACAGAUAUGUAAUAAAUAUAUUAUAGGUAAUAAAAAUAUAAUAAUAAAGAAAAGGAUUAACCAUAUUAUAUCAAAUAUAUUAUAUAUAUCAAAAUUAAUAAGAACUAAUCAAAUAAAUGAAAAUGUUUAUAUUUUUAAAGAAAGUAAUUUUAUUAAAGCAAUAAAAAAAGGUCAUUGGAUUUUAAUAAAACAUUUACAUUAUUCAACACCAUCCUUAUUGGAUAGAUUAAAUAGUUUAUUUGAAGAAAAUGGAUAUAUAUUACUACAUGAAUUUGGAAAGAAAAAAAAAAUUCGUCCUCACAAAAAUUUUCAAAUAUUUUUAACCUUGAAUUCUGAAGAGCACUACAAAAUUAGUAAGGCCCUGCGAAAUAGAUGUUUUGAAGUAUUUUUUGAUAAUAAUAAUAUGGAAUAUGUUGGUGGGCACGGCAUGUACGUAUAUAAGAGUGAUAAACAAAAUAUUUCCUUUUCACCUACAACAAAAUAUAAUGAUAAAAAUGAUAUUAAUAAUAAGAAUGAUAUUGAUACUAAUAUUGAUACUAAUAUUGAUACUAAUAUUGAUACUAAUAUUAAUAUUAAUAUUAAUGGUAGUAAUAAUUAUCAUUUACAUUUUGAUAAUAUUUAUCAUCCUAGUCAUGGUGAAGACAAUAAAUGUAUUAGCUUAAAUGCCCAUAGUAAUAAUAUAAAGAUAUAUGAAUCAACCUUGUGUUCUUAUCCUUAUAUAAACAUUAAUAAUAAAGAAAAUGUAAAUAUAAAUAUAAAUAAUUCUAAAUACAAAUGUAACUCAUCAGACAACAUAUUGUUCGAUUUAAUAAAUAUUAAUUUUAAUGAAGAUAAUUCACAGAAUGUGCAGAAUAAUUUUUCAUUCCAUGAUAAUAUAUUUGACAUUAUUAAAGAGGACAAUAUAUUUUUUUACAUUAUAAAUAAUUUUUUAAAGAAUGUUGAAAAAAGGUUAAAAAAAAAAAAUGAUAUACAUAUAAAAAAUAUUAAUAAAUUUGUUAAGUUUUUUUUUUAUGAUGAAGAUAAAAAAACAAAGAAUAUACAACAAGGUAAUAAUAUAAAAAUUAAUAAUAUUAAAAUAUUAGAUUAUAUAAAUUAUUGUUAUAAUUCUUUUUGUAAACAUUAUAGUAUUACAUAUAAUAAUGUAGAUAUAAUAUAUUUCUCAAUUAUCAUAUCUGUAUUUACAUAUGUAGUAGAAUAUAUGUUUGAUGAAAGCAUAUUAAAUAGAAGAAAAAAUAAAAUCAACAUGAAUAUAAAGAAAAAUGAAAAUGAACAUAUAAAUAAUAAUAUAUAUGAAGAGAAAAUAAAAAAGGUAGAUAUAAAUUCUUUUUAUGACAACAAAAGAAGAAACAAUUCUUUUUAUAUUAAUUUAAAUAAAUUAUUAAGUACCAAAUUUAAUAAUAACUUUUAUUGUAUAGAUAAUUAUAUAAAAAUAAUUUGUACUCAUUUUUUAAGAAUUGAAAAUAUGAAAAAAAAUAUAAACAAUUAUAAUUUAAAAAAAUAUUUAUAUCUCUUCUCACAAUAUUUUAUAUAUUUUUAUUGUCAGUUAUUUGUUAAUAUAAGUCAAGACAUGCAAAUAUUAUUCUAUCCAUUUUUUUAUUUCUUAAAUAAUAUGAUAAUUAUAACAAUAUAUAAAAUGAAGAAAAAACAAAACAGAUGUUAUACAAAAAAUAAAAAUAAAAAUAAAAUUAAAAAUAAAAUAAAUAAUAAUAAUAAUAUGUUAUUAAACAUUUUAAUAAAUAAAUAUAUAAAUAAUAAUAAUAAUAAUAGUAACAAUGUGUAUGCUCAUAAAUUAUCACCGAAUGUUUUGAAUUCCUUUUAUUUACACAUUUUUAUUAAAUACAUCUAUUAUUAUAACAAAAUGUAUACAAAGGAUACAAUAUUCUUUUUAAAUAAUAAAAAUGCUGGAGAUGAAAAUAUUUUAUUUCUAGAUCCUCAAAUACAUGUUGAUAAUAAUAUAUUAAAAGAAAUUUCUUUAAUCAGUACUUUCUAUGACUUAAUAUUAAACAAAUUUUUUUGUUUUUUAAUAUGUAGUUUUCUAGAAAGAUUUUCUUUAUAUGAUAUUUUUUAUAGAUAUCAAUAUUUAUUAACUAUGAAGAAUAAAAUAUAUUUGAGAAGAAUUAAAAAAAAAGAAGAAAAACAAAAUUGUUCCUUUGAAUAUAACAAUUAUAUAUAUGAUAAAGAAAUGGAAACAUAUCUAGAGUUUAUUACAAAUAAUAUAAUAUGUAAGAAGCUGGAUUAUUUUUAUAUAAUAACCAAAUAUAUAUAUUAUAAUGUGAUAGAAAAUAAGAUAACAAAUAAUAAAUUAUAUGAUCUACAUUAUUUAUAUUUUAUUAAUCCAAUAAUUGAAAUGACAAAAUAUAUUACAACAAAGGAAACGACAGAUGUAUACUUUUAUUACUUUUUUGAAUUUGUCAAGUCGUUUUUCAAAUUUAAUUUUAGUUACCUUUAUUAUAAGAAAAGAGAUUAUUACAAUAAAGAAAAUAAAAACAACACACAUAGUAAUAAUAGUAAUAAUCAUAAUAAUAGUAAUAAUAGUAAUCAUAAUAAUAGUAAUAAUUAUAAUAAUAACAGUUAUAAUUUUAAGCAGAAUCAAUUUGAUAUAUUUAAAGCUAAGAAAGAAAAGAAAACAGAAGAAGAAUGUGCCAUAUUUCAUUGUCUAAAUAAAUUUGUAAUGACAUUAGAACGUUUAUUAUUUGAAAGCAUACAAAAGAAUGAUAAUAAUAAAAAGAGGAAUACAAAUAAAUGCAAUAAAAAAAAUAUUUCUAAGAAAACCUUUUUCUUCUCUUAUUAUAUUUUUCUUUACAUAUAUACAUUCGAAACGAUUUGUAAUUUUAAUUAUGAAACAAUAUAUUAUAAAAUAAUAUUUAUAAGUGAUACUAUUAAAUACUUGUUAAAAAUAACAAAUAAAAGAAAUAAAAUAUUAUUAAAAUGUAUACAAAAGGCUAAAUGGAUAGUUCAAAAUAAUUAUAGAGUAUUAAAUAAAAAAUUAAUUUAUAACAUAACAAAUUUAGAAUAUUCCAUACAAAAUAAUAAUAAUAAUGAUAAAAAUAAUAAAAAUAAUUAUUAUAUAGAUAAAUCAUUUAAUAAAGAAAGAGUGUUAUUAAAUAUAUUUCCAAAAAAAAAUAUGGAUGAAAAAAUAAAUAAUAUAUAUAAUAUAUAUAAUAUAUUUGAUAAUGUAAAAAAUAUAUAUUUUUAUAAUAAAUGGAUACAAAAUAUAUUUCAAGUUAUAAAUAAUAUAUAUAUAAGUUAUUUUAUAUAUAUAAGAAAUGAAUAUAAUUAUAGACAUGUUUUAUUAAAUAAUUAUUACACAGAUAUAUUACAAACAUGUUGUGAUACUAUAACAAAUAAGAAUAAUAAAUUAAAUGAAAAUAAUAUUAUUACAAAUGAUAAUAUCGAAAUAUUUCUUAUACAACUCAAAUAUUUUACAUAUACAUUAAAUUUUUUACAUAUACAAGAAAAUUUUAAAAAAAAAAUUAAUUAUAUAGAAAAUAUUAUAACAAGUUAUUUUAUAAAGAAUAAUAAAUAUAUACAAAAUAUUUUUCAAAUAAAUGUAUUAAAAAAUAAACAAAUAUAUCUAAAUAAUAAAAAUAAUAUUAUUCAAUAUGAGCAAAUAUUAUAUCCCCCAAAUAAUAAUAAUAAUAAUAAUAAUAAUAGUAACAAUUUUGAUAUAUGUGAUUAUAAACAUAAUAUUUUAUUAUUCUAUUAUGAAUAUAUUUUAUAUAAUAUAAAUUUAAAAUAUAUAUAUAAUGCUUAUCUUUAUUUAAGUGGUGUCUAUAUAUAUUUGCAAUAUGAACAUAUUAAGAAAAAAGUUGGGGUGGAAAAUAUAAAAAAAUAUUCAAAUAUAUUAAUAAAUUGUUCCUAUGAAAAGAAUGAUUUAAACAAAUUUUUUUAUUGUUCAAUAAAUGAUAAUAUUAAUAAUAAUAAUAAUAAUAAUAAUAAUAAUAAUAAUAAUAAUAUUAAUAUUUAUAAUAAUAUUAAUAAUAAUAUGUUCAUUACCUUAUCUACUACAUAUGAACAGAUUAGAUGUAUUAUAAAAACCACAUAUGAAUAUCUAAACAAUAUAGAUAAUUCCAUAUUUAUAUUUGAACCCAAAAUAGAUAUAUUAAGUUUGUUGAAAGAACGUUAUGAUAUGUUAGAAUAUGUGUAUACAAAUAUUUAUAAGAAUGAAGAAGAUACUCAAGAAAUAUAUUUAAUAAACACACUGUUUGUAAUUAUUGAAGAAUUAUUGUAUUUAUUUUAUUGUAUAUUGAUGAAUAUAUAUAUGAUAAGAGAUAAACGUUAUGAAUAUUAUUUUAAAGAUAACAACAAUAAUAAUAUUAAUACUAAUUUAUAUGUUGAAGAUAAAACACAAUACAAUAAUUAUUUGUUAAGACCAAAAAAAAAUAAUUAUGAACAAUUAAAUAAUAUACAUAUUUCUCUAUCUAAAGAAUGUGAUGAAAUGGCAAAUGUUGUUACAUAUGAAGAAUAUUGUAUUUUUAAAAAUAUUUAUGUAAAUAAAAAUAUUAAUGAUAUAUAUAUAAGUAUGGAUGAAAAUUAUUCUUAUAUUAACACAUCUAUAUAUAACAAGACAACAAUAUUAGAUUCAUUUAUAAAUAUGUAUAAACAAAUUAAUCAAAAAUCUAAAAAUAAAAAAGGUGCAAUUACUUUAUUACAUUUAAAUGCUACUCAUUUAAUAUUUCAGAAUUUAAAACAAAAUUAUUAUCAUUAUUUAAUAAAAUAUCCAUAUAAAAAUUAUAAUAAUUCAAUAUCAAGUGAAAAAGAAAAGGAAAAGGAAAAUAUUAUGUAUACAUAUGAUAGUGCAUUUACAGAAUGUUCUAAUGAAAAUAUUUUGUGUCAUUAUUUUGCUUAUCAUGUGUUUAUUAUUUUUUGUAAUAGCAUGCAAAGUGAUCAUGCCUAUAAAUUUGAUCAAUACAAAUAUGGAAUCGAAAAAGCAAUACAGUCUAACAAAAAAAAUGAUAUAAAUGAUAAUAUAAAUGAUAAUAUAAAUGAUAUAAAUAAUAAUAAUUAUCAUUGUAGUAGCAGCUUUAGUUGUAAUAAUAUGUCUUAUUUUUGUGUUUUUUAUAGAUUCUUUCAAAUAUAUCAAAUAAUAAUGUAUAAGAAAGAAGCCUCUACAGAUAUACUUACCUUUUUGUUGUGUCUAUAUGAAUAUUUUCAUAAUCUUCAAAAACAAAAUAAACAAUAUGGCUAUAAUAAAAAUGAUGGGCUUGAAUAUAUUCUUGUUUUUAUUUUCUUAUUAUAUAAUAUUAUAAAGAUUAAUAUAGAAAAAAAGAGUAAGUCACCAAAUAAUAAUAUUAACAUAAGUAAUAAUAAUAGUAAUUAUAAUAAUAAUUGUAAUUAUAAUAAUAAUAGUAAUUAUAAUAAUAAUUGUAAUUAUAAUAAUAAUUGUAAUUAUAAUAAUAAUUGUAGUUAUAAUAAUAAUUGUAAUUAUCAUGUUAAUUUUCAAUAUGAUAAAUUGUCAUCAGAAGAAGAUACUAAAAAUAUGAGUGAUAUAAAAAAGAUUAUGAAUAAUGAGAAAGAAAAUUAUUGGAAUGAUAUAAUAAAUUUGCUUUUUUUAGAAAAUAAAAAUUUAAAUAAUCUUAUUAUUUUUUAUAAACAUGAUGAAUAUUUUAUUUAUUAUAUUGGUUGUAUGUAUAUAUCUCAUUAUAUUUUAAAUAUAGUUUGUUCACAAAUAAGAAAAGAAGUUAAAGAUAUUUUAAAAAAAAAAGGCAUGAAAAAAUAUUUUAAAGAUGUUAUAAAUUCAAUAGAUGAAGAAAUAUAUAUGAAUUCUCACCUUAAUAAUUUAUAUAUAGACAAAAUUGAUUUGUCUGAGUCAUAUUGUUUGAAUCAGAAUAAUUAUAAUUUGAAAAAGAAAAAAUGUAUAAAAAAUAAAAUAAAUAAUUUGGAAAGAGAUAUACCAUUAUUUCCUAAUAUAUUGAAAAAUAUAUCUAAAAGAAAAAAAAAAAAAUUGUUUAAAAUAUUAAAUAUAAAUAUUGACAAGAACAAUGAUAAUAUUAAUAAUACAUAUGUACAUCAUCAUAAUAAUUUUGAAUGUAUUGAUUAUAUAAAAAAUUAUAUAUAUAAAAAUAACAAUAUGGAUAUAGAAGCUUUAUAUAUAAAUUUAAAGACAGAUUUUAAGAAUUUUAUGAAAAAUGUUUUAUCAUAUGAUAAUUUAAAAUGUAUACUAGAAAAUAUAAUAUCAAAUAGUACUACUACUACUACUACUACUAGUAGUAGUAAUAAUAUUAAUAGUACAUGUGAUUAUUUUAAUUUCUCACCACAAUAUAUUCACUAUUCUAUUAUAAAUGCUUGUAUUAGUUUCAUUCAUCAUAUAAAAGAAAAGUAUGGACUUAUAUUAAAAUUUACACAUUCUAUUAUCUAUUCUUUAAAUGUAUUUAUUCAUAGUAUACAUAAUAUAAACUUUUUAAUAUAUCAAAUGAGAAAUAAUGAAAAAAAUAAAAUGUUUCAUAUGAACAGCAAUAUAGGUGAAGAAAAUAAUUUAUGUGAUGGAAUAUACAAAUAUAUAGAAUUCCCCUUGAAUUUUAAUAAAAUAAUAAAUCACAAAAAAGAAUACAUCCACAACAAUAUCAUUAAUGAAGUAGAUAAUAAUAUUAUGAUGAUGAAGCAGAAGAAUAAAUAUAAUUCCUUAUAUGAAUUAAGCUAUUGCGAAUUUGUUAUUAGGAUUUUAAAAAACCCAAAAAGUAUUAUCAAAGAAUAUGAUAUGAAUAAUUUAUUAAAUUGUCUUAAAUAUUUUUGUAAAAAUAUUAUUCUCUUUAAUGAAAUAGAUGAAGCAAAUGAUAUGAAUGAAUUUUUUAAAAUCGAACAGUUUAAAAAUAAGAAUCUUAAAAAUAAAUUAGACUAUAUGGAACAUAAAGAAAAUGAAAAUUUAAAUAAAAAUAUUGAAAAAGAAUUAGAUAAUAUUUUUUAUUCACAAAUUUAUUUAUAUAACAAUCAAGAGGAUGUACAUAUCUCGAAUAUAAAAUCAAAUAGUAAUCUCAAUAAAAAAUAUCUAAUAGAUAUAGAAAAUCAUAAUUCUAAUUAUAGUGAUGGUAAUAAUUAUUAUGAUGAAACAAAAUAUAUUAAUUGUAUAAAUCAAAAUAAUGAUUCUAAUACACAAAAUUGUGAUAAAUCACAAACUCAUGAUCAUACACUUGAAGAUAAUAACAACAAGGUAUAUAUACAAAAUAAAUGUAAUAAUAAUCAUGAUAUAAAUAAUAAUUCAUUGAUAGUAGAAGAAAGUAAAGAAAAAAUAAAUGAAGAAUUAUUUAAUCAAAUUAUAUACAAACUUGUAAAACUUUUUAAAAGAAAUAUUAAAAAUAAUAAAAAUAAUAAAAAUGAUAUAAAUAAUAUAAAUAAUAUAAAUAAUAAAAAUAAUAAAAAUGAUAAUAUUAAAAAUUAUAAUAAUUGUAGUGAAUAUAUAAAAAAAAGAAAAACACAUAUUGAUAGAAUACAAAAAAAUAUUAAUCAUUUAUUCGAAAUAAUUAUUUAUAAUAUAAACAACACUAAAGACAAAUUAGAUAGUUUGAUAUUAAAUAAUAAAAAUGAAAAUAAUAAUUUACAUAUGUUGUUAAAAAAAGGAAAUGAAGAAAAUAAAUUUUUAAUAUUUACAUUAAAUAUAUUAAAUUAUUAUAAUAAUUUUACAAAUUAUAAUGAUGAAGAAUUUGAAAAUUUUAAAAAAGACAUAUCAGAAUUUUUAUUAAAAAAUAAAAAAAGAAAUCAUGCUUAUAUAAAUAAAUAUAUGAAUUUAUUAGAAUAUAAGAAUAAUAUAGAGAAUUAUAUUUUUAGUGCUCUCAAACAUUUAUGUAUAUAUCUUAAUAAUAUCAAAAAUAAUUUUUUAUCUAUAUAUAAUAAUAAUAAUUAUAAAAUUCUUAAUAUUAUAAAUUCGAUAGAUAGCAUUUUAGAUAUUCCACUUAGAGAUGUAAAGAAUGAAAUUGAAAAGAUAAUUUCAAAGCUAGAAAAUAUUAUUACACUAAUCAAUUCACUCAAAAAAGAUAAUUUCUUAAAUUUUGAUGAAGAUACAAUGAAUAAAUUAAAAGAUAUAAUGAAAAAUAAUAUUGUGGAAAAUUUUUUAGUAUAUACUAUAUAUUUUAGGUUGUUAAAAUUUAAACAAAUAAAAAAUAUUAGAAAAAAGUUAUAUCAAAAAAUUGUAAAAAAUAAGACAUUACGUUUGUUUGCUUAUUUGUUUUAUUUAUGUUAUGAGGAUGAUAAAAAUGAAAAUGUCAACACAAAUGAUUAUAAGAAAAGAGUGGAAGCUGAUAAGAUGGAGGGGGACCAUAAUAAGAACAACACAACAGAUAGGUGUAUUAACAAAUGUGAUCAUAAUGAUAAUAAUAAUAAUGAUAAAUAUGGUAAGUAUGAUAAGUAUGAUAAAUAUGAUAAAUAUGAUAAAUAUGAUAAGUAUGAUAAAUAUGAUAAGUAUGAUAAAUAUGAUAAGUAUGAUAAUUUUAAUGGUGAUAUAAUAUUUCAGAUGAACAGUUCUCUAAUUGACUAUUCAAGAUAUCAUAUUAUUAAAAAAGAAGAAGAGAAUAAUAAAACGUUUCCUAUGAGUGAUAUGUUUAAAUUAAAAAUUAUAAAAACAUUUGAAUGCAUAAUUAUAUUUUUAAGAGAUUCAAUGAUAGGAGAAUUCCCUAUACGUUUAAAUCUUAUAUAUUUCAUAUCUGUAAUUUUUAAGAAUUCAUUAAAUAUGAAUGAACGUAUUAUGAGUAAUGUUUUUUUUUAUGUAUAUAAUUAUAUGUAUAUUUAUUUACCUUUAAUAAGAAAAAAAAUCCGUAUGUCAAAAAAUUAUUUUGAUUUACAGUUAAAAAAAUCAUUACAAAAAAUUAAUUUCGAUCUUAUAGAUGUUGAUUCUUACAAGCUAUCUAUUAUAAAAUUUAAAAAUAAAAUUGUUUAUUUUACAAAGUUAUUCUUUCAACAAAUAAAUAUUUCUGUUGAUACGUUUUUGAUUCAAAAUAAACGUUCCUUAUUUAAUUCAGAAGUGCAAAAAGAAGAACAUCAAUAUGUCAAAUUAGAAAGGACCAAUAAUUUGAGUAAUAAAAAUGGAAGUGAUAAUGACUUGCACUAUGAAUCGGAUGAAAAAAAUAAAAAGGAAUUAUUAAAUGGGGGAGGAUCUUCUAAAGGGGUCAAUUCGAAUGACAUAUUGAGUGACAAUAAUAAUAUUGAAGUUGAUAAUAAUAAUAUUGAAGUUGAUAAUAAUAAUAUUGAAAGUGACAAUAAUAAUAUUGAAAGUGACAAUAAUAAUAUUGAAAGUGACAAUAAUAAUAUUGAAAGUGACAAUAAUAAUCUUGACAGUGAUGAUAAUAAUAAUAAUAAUAAUGAUGGUGAUAAAAUAUAUCUAUUAAGUGAUAUAUCCAGCGAAAUUUCUGAUCACAAUAAAAAUGUAAAAAAUCCUACGAAUGAAGAACAACAUUAUAUUAAAAAAAAUUUAUGUGAAUUAAAAAAAUGUUUUAUAAGUUUAGAAAAUAAAAUGGAAAGGAAUAUAAAUACAAUAAAAAAAAUAAAAAAAAACAAGAAUAAUGUACUUAAUUUAAAAAUGAAAAAAAAUUUAAAUAAUUUUAUAAACAAUAUAGACAAUUAUUAUAGUUUUGAAGAUAUGUCAAAUAAUUAUAGUAAUGAAAUAAAAAAUAUUUUAAAUAUACAAUGUUUAAAUGCUAAUACAAAUCAAAAAAAAAGAUGGAUAUAUAUACUUAAACAUUUCUUAACAAAAAAAUUAAAUAUAUCUAUAUUAAAUGAUUUAAAUAAUAUAACAUUUUUUUCAAAUAUAUUUAAAAAUUCUGUAAAUUUUGAAAAUAUAAAUAAUAAAAGUGAUGUUAUAUUAGAAUAUAAUAAUAGUAGAGAAAUCUUGGACGAGUUGAAAAAUACAUUAUUAUUUAUGUCAAAGAAAUAUUUAGAGCAGGAAAGAAUAAAAAAUAUGGAAGAAAAUAAUAUGAAUCUUAAAAGCAUAAAUAUUACAUAUAAUAAUAAUAUUAAUUAUAAUGAUAAUAAAAAUUUUGGACCAAUAUCAGCAUGGAGCAUCGAACAGAUUGAUGACGAGCUAUUAAAUUUUGAAAAUAAUUUAAAAAAAUAUAUCAAAGAUAAAAGAAUAUAUAGUAUUGAUUUUAUUGAUGAAAUGAAUAAGAUCCUCAAUGAAAAUGAAAAGAAAAAUUAUAAAAUUUUAUAUUUAAUAAUAUAUAUAAAAUCUAUUAAUAUACAUAUAGAUAUGCAAAAUGAAGAUAUGUUAUAUUAUCUUUUCAAUUCUAUAAAUAUGGAAUAUUUUAAAUUAAGAAAUGAAAUGUAUAUAUUAUAUGAACAUUUUAAAUUAUAUUAUUUUUUAAUAGGACAUAAUAUAUUAUUAUAUAAAAAGAAAAGAAAAGAAUAUGAUAUAAGUUUCAUACAAAUAAAAUUUUCAACAUUUGAAAAGUUUUUAUAUCAAUGUAAUAUUAUGAAGACAUGUUUAUUACAAUGUCUAAGUAUUUUUUAUGAAGAAUUAUUAAAAGUAGAUAUAUUUAAAAAAAUAUUAUUUUCUAUAUAUCAAAUUAUAUAUAUAAUAUAUAAUUCUAACGAAUAUUUAAUGUUUAAAUAUUUUAAGAAUAUACAAAAUGUAUAUUGUUUACAAGAAUUUAAGAAAAUAAUAUCAUCAAGUAUUAAACUUAGUGUGAAUAAUUAUUUAUUAGAAUAUAUAUAUAAAUCUAUACAAUAUAUAUUAGACAAUAUAAAUAUUAUAUACAAUUUGAAUAUACCUGUAUAUAUAAAAGAACAAUUAUAUAAUCAUAUACAAAGUUUUGUUUUAUCUUUUAAAAAAAUAAAGAAGAAUUCUAUACAUAUGAAGGAUAUAUUAGAAGAAAGAAAAAACAAAAAAAUUCAAAACAACACCCUAAACAAUAAUAGUAAUAGUAAUAAUAAUAAUAAUAGUAAUAAUAAUAACAAUAAUAAUAAUAAUAAUAAUAGUUGUAACAAUUUGGAUGGUGGGGAAGGUUAUUUUUUUGAUGAAAAUAUAAAAAAUAUGAAUAAACAUAUCUACAAAUUUAUUGAACAUAUAAUAAAUGCCAAAUCUAUAAUAUGUAAAAAAGAAUAUCCAGAUUUUCAAGAAAAUAAAAAUAUUAGUGAUAUCUAUUGUAUAAAAAAUAUCUUAUAUUUUUAUUUAAAUACAAAUGAUAUAACUACAUUAUUAUAUAAUAAAAAUAUGAGUAAUCAUUUUUUCAAUGAGAAUAAUUUAAGAAGGAAUAAAUAUGUGGAUAUAUUUUUUUAUCUAAGUAAAAAUUUAUUUUAUUUUUUUAAAUAUAUAUUCCUUUAUUUUGCAGAUAUUUAUAUUGGUUUCUCAAAUAUAUCUUUGUAUUUCUUAAAGGUAUUAAAAGUUUUAUAUACAAAAGGGUUAUGUAAAGAUGUCGAUAAUAAAAAUAAUGAAGAGGAAAACAUACAAGCUGAUAAUCAAAACGAAAAGAAACAACUAGAAAAUUUUCAUAAAAUUGAUUUUCUUAAGGGCAUAGGAUUAGGAGAAGGAAAAGGUAUAAGAAAUAUUGUAGAUCAAGUUGAUAAUGAAGAUAUUGAUAAUAUAUGUGAUGAAAAUGAAGAAAUAUUUAAUAGUGAUGAUGAACAAAAUUUUAACGAAGAAGCUAUUGAAUCAACAUAUAAUUUUCAAAAAUUUUGUGAAAAAGAAUUUAAAGAUAUCAAUAAUUGUGAUAAUAAUGAAAAAAAAUUAGAAAAUGAAAAAGAUAAUAUAAAUAUGGAUCCACAAAAACAAAAUGAAAAUGAUCAAAAAAAAAGUCAUAAUAAUGAUCACAAGGAGCAAAAUAUUAACAAUAAUAAUGAUGAUGUAAAUCAACAAAAUGAAGAAAAUGAAGAAAAUGAUCUAACAAAUAUAGAUGAUGUAUUUGAAAAGAAUAAAAGUGACGCCUUUAAUAUUACUCAUGAUAAUAUUACAAAGGAUAUUAAUCAAAAUAAAGAGCACGACCAGAAUGAUAAUAAUAGUGACCAUAAUAAUCAAAAUAAAGAGGACGACCCGAAUGAUGAUAAUAGUGACCAUAAUAAUCAAAAUAAAGAGGACGACCCGAAUGAUGAUAAUAAUGACCAUCAGAAUCAAAUUAAUAGUGAUAACCUUCAGAAUCAAAAUAAUAGUGAUAACCUUCAGAAUCAAAAUAAUAGUGAUAACCUUCAGAAUCAAAUUAAUAAUGAUGAUGAAUAUAAUAUGAAUGAUAUAGAACCCUUGGAAGAAAAGAAUAAUGAGGAUGCCAUAAAUUAUGAUGAUGAAAAUAAUAAAAAUAAAAUAAAUUUCGAUAAUUUAACAAGCCAAUUAAAUAACGAUAAAUUCGAUGAAACAUAUGAUAAAUUUAAUGAUAUUAAUGAUAACGAUAGUUAUAAUUUUGAUUCAAGUUUUGAAAUUGAAUCUAGUGAUUUCUCUAAAAAUUUUAGUGACAAAUCUUUCUCAGAUAAUGAUGAAGCAGAAAAAGAAGAUAACGACAUCACUGGCCAAGAUAAUCAAAAAUAUCAAGAGGAAUCUAAAAAUGAAAAUAAAGAGAAACAUGAUAAAAAUGAUGAUGAUCUUUCGCUUGAUGAUAAUAAUAUGUUAAAGGAGAAUUGUGAACAGCAAAUAUCUGAAGGGAGCAUAAAUUAUGAGGAUGAAUUAUUUGAAGAAGAGUAUAAAGAUAAUGUUGAAAAAAAUGAAGUCGAACAAAAAUUCAAUGAAGAUAAAAAAGAGGAGGAUAAUUUACACAUUGUUAAUGAGAAGAGUGAUGAUAAUAAUGAUGAUAAUAAUUAUGAUGGUGAUGAUGAUAAUAAUGAUGAUAAUAAUUAUGAUGGUGAUGAUGAUAAUAAUAAUGAUGAAAAAGAAAAAUCACAAACUUGUAACGACCUAUUCAUGGAUGAACAAACCAGUCAACAUGAUAAUAAGGUAGCUAACCAAAAAGAUAAUAAAAAUAUAGAAGAAGAAAUAUCUUAUGGUGACAAAAAACAGGAUGAAAAAAAUAAUGCUGAAAACGGAAUAGCAGAUAAUAUAUAUGAUAAUGAGGAUUUAAAUAAUGAUGAGGGUAUGAAAAAUUUGAAACAAAAUAACAUCAAUAUAAAUACACAAAAAAACGAAAGAGAUGGAAAAAAAAAUAUGGAAGGUGAACAAAAUUUAAAUGGAGGUGAUAAUAAUGAGAAUAUGCAAGAUGGUCAAUCUAAUAUAAAUGAUUUUUCAUUUACGAUUAAUAAAUGUAAUAUGUAUAUGGAAAAGAUAAAUGACAUAUCGAAAUUUUUAGAUAAAAUACAGGAGCGUUUACAUAAUAUGGAUGAUAAUAAUAUAAAUGAUAAUAAUAUAAAUGAUAAUAAUAUGGAUGAUAAUAAUAUAAAUGAUAAUAAUAUGAAUGAUAAUAAUAUAAAUGAUAAAAAUGUAAAUGAUAAAAAUAUGAAUGAUAAAAAUGUAAAUGAUAAAAAUAUGAAUGAUGACAAUAUGGAUGAUGAUAAUACAAAUAAUAAUCCUCCAAAUAAUAAUCCUCCAAAUAAUAAUCCUCCAAAUAAUAAUCUUCCAAAUAAUAAUCUUCCAAAUAAUAAUCCUCCAAAUAAUAAUCUUCCAAAUAAUAAUCCUCCAAAUAAUAAUCCUCCAAAUGAUUGUGCUAUGAAUUUGCAUGAUUCAAAUUUAGAUGAUGAAGAUAAUAAUAGAAGACAAGAAAAAAACCAAAAUGAAGAGGUGAAUAAUGUUAUUUCUAUUGAAGAUAGAGAAAUGAAGAAAAAUAUAACUAACCAUUUUGAUGAUGAUAAAGAAGAAUCUGAUAAUAUGGAAGAGAAAGAAAACAAAAACUUUAGAAAUGAUAAUAAAGAUGAAAUAUUAAAUGUAGAUUAUGAUAACAUAAAAGAUAAAGAAAAUAUAAAUAAUGUAGAUUAUGAUAACGUGAAAGAUGAAGAAUAUGAUAAGAAUGAUAUAUUAAAAGAUAGUUAUAAUAAAGUUCAUGUAAAUAAUAAAAUAUUUGAUAAUAAUAUUGAUAGUAAUGAGAAUAAUAUUGAAGAAGAAGAAGAAUAUAUCCAUAUGAAUGUGAUGAAAGAUGGGGUAAAAAAUAAUUAUAUAGAACAUAUAAAUAAUAAUGAAGGAUAUGAAGAUAUAUAUGAAAAAAUAAAUAACGAGACAGAAAUAUUAUCUAGUCAAUUAUGUGAAGAACUUAAAAUGAUAUUAGAACCAACAAUUCGAAAUAAAUAUGAAGGAGAUUAUAAAACAGGAAAAAAAUUGAAUAUAAAAAAAUUAGUAAAUUAUUUUGCUAGUGAUUUUAGAAAUAAUAAAAUAUGGAAAAGAAAAACAAAAUUAGAUAAAAGAGAUUAUAAUAUUAUUAUAGCAAUAGAUAAUACAAAAAGUAUGAAAAUAAAUAAUAUUCAAAAAACAACAUUAAGUACUAUCUUUUUAGUUGCUAAAGCAUUUGAAAAAUUAAAUGUAGGCAAAAUUUCUAUAUGCUCAUUUGGAGAAAGUGAAAAAAUUAAUUCAAAUAAUAUAGUAUGUUCAAUGACAAAUAAUUUAAAUAAACAAGAUUUUUUAAAAAUAUUAAAUCAUUUUCAAUUUAGUUAUGAUACAGAGAGUUCAUUUGAUAAUGCUAUGUUAAAUGCAUUAAAAAUAUGUAAUUAUAUAUUUAAAAAUACAUAUAAUAAUAAACAUAAUAUUAUUAAUAAUUUAAUGCUUAUAAUAAGUGAUGGAAGAUUUAAUAAAAAUUCGGUAAAAUCUGAAAUAUCAAAAUGUAUACAAAAUAAUUUUAUUCCUAUUCUUAUGAUUAUUGAUACACCAUCAUCAAAUCAUAACAACAACAAUAAAAAUAAUAAUAAUAAUAAAAAUAAUAAUAUUAAAACACAAUCCAUUUUUGAUUUAAAACAAACAUUUUAUAAAAAUAAUAAAUUACAAAUCGUUCCUUAUCUUUAUGAUUUCCCUUUUCCAUAUUUUGUUGUUGUUAAUGAUAUAAAUAAUAUACCUUCAUUAACAUGUGACAUUAUCAGGCAAUGGUUUCAAAUAUUAAACAACAAAUAA